AUGCGCCGCGUCAGUAGCCAGUUUGUUUGCACCGCCGCCGUUGCUGCCCGCUUUGCGGCGACCAGCGCUGCGAAGAAGUACGACCUGUUUGGCUACGAGGUGGACACCAACACAGCCCCGUGGAUUGAGAAGAUCAAGAAGUGCAAGUACUACGAUGAGGCCGGUGAGGUGCUUGUGAACAUGAAUGUGAGCAACUGCCCUCCUGAUAUCGCCACGUACAAUGCCGCACUUCAGCGCAUCUUUGAAGCCCCAUCCAAGCAGGAGCAUCCCGUGGAGAAUGAGAGCAAGUUCUGCGCCAUGAUGGAUCUGCUGGAGGAGAUGAACCACCGUAACAAGAUGAAGCCAAACGAGGAGUCGUGGACGUGGGUGAUGCGUGAGUGUGUGAAGAGCGGCCAGUUCCGCCUUGGCUACUGCAUCCAGCGGGUGAUGGAGGCGGAGUUCAAGUCGUGCCCCGCCGAUCUUGUGAAGCAGAACGAGGCCAACGCCGAGAAGGCAAAGGCAGACGGCAAGGAACACCCCAGCCAUCUCGCCAAGCAGGUUGGUCUCUUCGAUAUCAAGAUUGAGUAG